GACGAACCUUUGUGAACUUCACGAUAACCAAAGCUUCCUGCAUGUUGAGUUGAACCAUGUCUGCUCGCAGCUACCGGUAUCGGUACCAUCAUCAAGUAUCUCGGUGCUUUACCCUAAAACGAAAUAGAAACUUUAGUACUCUGGAGCGGACGGUAUCCACGCUAGGCGUCUGGCACAAUGCGGUUGAAAAGAUACCUCCGGAAGCAAUAAUCCCAGGCAAGGACAACAAAUGCAACAACGAUCCCAAGUUGGCUGCCUUUGUAGGAGAUAAAAUCCUGGGAGCAUCUUUUGCCAGGUGGAUACAAAAGAAGCAACGAAACGUAUCAUCAUCAUCCGUCCAAGACAACGCUGAUACGGAUGUCUACGACCAAGGAAGUGCCAGCAUACUGGCUUCCGUGGUGCUAUCCAACGAAUUCAUGGCAGAUCGAUUGUCCCAAAUUCUACCCAAUCCAGUCCACACGGAAUGGGCUCGGCAAGCCAACUUGGGACAACACAAAUUGGGUACUCUGGUGGAAGCUGCCGUGGCAGCAGUAGAUGAUCAUGCGGCUGUGGAGAAUCUCGUGGAAUGGCUGAUUGAACAAGGACAGGAGGCAGACAAGAACCUGUUCAACCCUAAAGGAACCUUGCUGCGAAUGGGUGGAAGUAUCGAAGUAGACCGUCACGGAGGAACAGAUCACAACCCACGCUUCUUGGCCACAGCAGUCUUUCAGAAUUUUCACGUAGAAGCCACUGGCCGAACCAAAAAGAUUGCCGAGCAAAGCGCUGCUUCGCAAUGUUUGGUUCAAGUUAGAGAUGGCGGCGUAGUCUCAUUGAAUUCAAAAGAAGAAGACGAACACGUUACCUUUGCAUCACCCAUUGCAACCGAAACGUGGACCCCGUUUGACUUUGGCGAGGAAUGGUCCCUGACGCUCAAGAACGGAGAAUCCAUAUUGGAUUGGUGGCAGCGAGGAACCAACGAACCCAGGAAAGCGUUCCGAAGAGCUCUCUUUGGGCCCAAAGUAUUCCCAGAAUCUGUCCUUUCGGUGGACUCAUGGACGCGGAGGUAUGAAAGCACCUCAGAAGAAGAUGAUGAUUCCGUUGUUGCCUCAAUCGUCAUUGUUUUCGAUGACAAGAAGGGCGAGAAUGGUACACCCAACAUUGUAUUCUGGAGUACUGCUCAGAUUGCAUCAUCAGCCAACAAGGCCAGAAGCAUGGCAGGGCUGGAUGCCAAUGCUGAGAUCUCCCGCUUGGUUGGCUUCAAGACUGAUGGCUGA